UAAUAGAUUUUGUAGUUAGCGGUGAUAGUUUUAAUGAAGUUCAGGAUAAUUACUUACUACCUUCACCAAGCAACCGCAGAUAUUUGUUUUAAGCACCCCGUGGAUGGCUCGUCUAUCGUUAAACCCAAUCGGUCUCCAUAGAUUCCGACCAUGCUUUCAACCUUCUCAUUCCGCCACCGUAUAUCCUCGCCACCGCCACAUCAAAUUUCCAAAAUUCCACACCUUAGCCUCCCAAACAGAUCCAAACCUUAACGAAAAAGAUAAUCCCUCAACAAAACCGCCUCAGGAAAUACGAGUUGUGGUUGAGCCAAGUAGCAGUAAGGAGGAGACGACAAGUUCGAGCGUUGAUUCUGCUGAACUUCCUCAAUUGCCGAAUAAAGAUAUCAGCAGAAAAAUCGCGAUUGCUUCUACUUUAGCUGCUUUGGGACUUUUCGUGUUUACUAGAUUGGAUUUUGGUGUUUCUUUGACGGAUCUCUCUGCUGUUGCAUUGCCUUACGAGCAGGCUCUUUCAAAUGGGAAGCCUACUGUUGUGGAGUUUUAUGCAGAUUGGUGUGAGGUUUGUCGGGAAUUAGCUCCCGAUGUCUACAAAAUAGAGCAGCAGUACAAGAAUAAAGUGAACUUUGUGAUGUUGAAUGUGGAUAACACGAAAUGGGAACAAGAGCUUGACGAGUUUGGCGUGGAGGGUAUUCCGCACUUUGCCUUCCUUGAUAAAGAAGGAAAUGAAGAGGGAAAUGUAGUUGGGAGACUUCCAAGACAGUAUCUGCUUGACAAUGUUGAUGCGCUUGCUCGUGGUGAAGCAUCGGUGCCUCAUGCGCGCGCUGUAGGCCAAUAUACAAGUGCUGAGAAAAGAAAGGUGCAUCAAGUUGUUGAUCCAAGAAGUCAUGGCUAGGUGACAGACAACAUACAAUACUUUAUUUUUACUGUUUUACACCAAAUUGUUAGAUCUGUCAAUGAGCAACAUUUCAACAGACAAAUUAUGUACAUUGUACAAGCCUGUUAUAGAUUAGGAUCUAAAACAAGAUAUCAAUGGCAAUUGUUAGCUCAAAUGUCUAUUUUCAUACAA